ACGGUUUCUAUUCCCAAAAUGUAGCCAUAAUUUUCUCUAGAUUUUUUCACUUUCUCUUUCUAUAUAAACAUUUCGCUGGCGUUUCCAUCAAUCUUUGCAUGGCUGUUACAUUCACGGCCUCAAGAUUUUCUCACGACCCAAACACCACAACAAACCCAUAAAUCAACCCACACUCUUUGUUCCUCUAAAACCCUUCUUCCAUGAACGAUUCAACCCCAUUAUAGUCUCUCCCUUGCAAAUUUGCAGAAGCAAUUCUGUAAAAAAUCCCUCUUUUCUUCUCCCAAUUCUUUUCUCAAAUCAAUCAAUGGCUGAACCCAAGAACUACAUUACAUCCCUAGACCUCAAAUCACACAGCAAAGCAGGGGAUCUAUGGAUCUCUAUACAGGGCAAGGUCUACGAUGUCUCCGAUUGGGCCAAAGAUCACCCAGGUGGUGCUCUUCCAUUGCUGAGUCUCGCAGGCCAAGACGUCACUGACGCGUUCGUUGCUUACCAUCCAGGCACUGCUUGGCAAUAUCUCGAUAAGUUCUUCAAUGGGUUUUAUCUCAAAGAUUACUCUGUUUCUGAAGCGUCCAAAGAUUACAGAAAGCUUGUUUUCGAGUUUUCCAAAAUGGGUUUGUUUGAAAACAAAGGGCAUGGUGUUUUUGUUUCGUUUUGUUUCAUGGCAGUAUUGUUUGUUGCGAGUGUUUUGGGUGUUUUGUGUUGUGAUAACACUUGGGUUCACUUGCUUUGUGGUGGAUUGAUGGGGUUUUUGUGGAUUCAGAGUGGUUGGAUUGGGCAUGAUUCUGGGCAUUACCAUGUUAUGCCGAAUCGAGGGCUCAAUCGAUUGGCUCAGAUUCUUACUGGGAAUUGUCUUGCUGGGAUCAGCAUUGGUUGGUGGAAGUGGAACCAUAAUGCUCAUCACAUUGCUUGCAAUAGCCUCGAUUUCGAUCCGGAUCUUCAACACAUUCCAUUCUUUGUGGUAUCUUCGAAAUUCUUUAACUCAAUUACAUCUCAUUUUUAUGGAAGGAAGAUGACUUUUGAUCCUAUUGCUAGGUUCUUAGUGAGUUAUCAGCAUUGGACAUACUAUCCUGUUAUGUGUUUUGCUAGAAUUAAUCUGUUUGCACAAUCUUUUAUGUUGUUGUUGUCAAAGAGAAAAGUACCCAAUAGGGGUCAAGAGAUUUUGGGGCUAAUUGUGUUUUGGAUUUGGUAUCCUCUGCUUGUUUCGUGCCUACCCAAUUGGGGAGAAAGACUAAUGUUUAUCAUUGCAAGUUUCGCGGUUACUGGCAUUCAACAUGUUCAAUUUACUUUGAACCAUUUCUCAACUAGUGUUUAUGUUGGUCCACCUACUGGAAAUGACUGGUUUGAGAAGCAAACAGGUGGGACACUCAACAUAGCGUGCGCUUCUUGGAUGGAUUGGUUUCAUGGUGGAUUGCAAUUUCAGGUUGAGCAUCAUUUGUUCCCUAGAUUGCCUCGAUGCCAGCUUAGGAAAAUUUCACCCUUUGUCAUGGAUCUCUGCAAGAAGCACAAUUUGCCUUACAAUAUUGCUCCAUUCUGGAAGGCGAACGUGUUGACAAUUAGAACUCUUCGCAAUGCAGCCCUGCAGGCUCGUGAUCUUGCCAGUCCAAUCCCAAAGAAUUUGGUUUGGGAGGCUGUCAACACUCAUGGAUAAUAUUGCAACAUGUUUUUGGCUAUGAUAUAUUAUCUCAAUUGUUUUCCAAGGUUUAUCAUCCUUGGUAUUACAAGAAAAUAAAAUCAUAUUUGUCAUUGCCUGGAGGUUUCAGUUAUUUGUUUGUUUGUGUGUAGUUCUUUGUCUUCUUGUUUCUAUCAAAACACAACAGCUAAGAGUUUGGUGGGAUGUGAAUUACAGAGACCAACUACAUCCAAUGUUCGAAUUUAGUGGUCCACUAUGUGCUUUUUGCAUUAUAGGUUCUAGUCUUUCUCUAUAUAUAUUGAUUUUGAGUUAGGUUGAAUUUUUGUUUGUGUCUAGGUGAAAACUAUGCAACAUUUGAUAUUUCUUGUUUUCAAUCAAUUACAAAAGAUAGUUUGAAGAUGUAUCUCUCUCUUUGUGGCUGUUGUAUUGCGUAGCCUGAUAUAUACGAUGUCCAUCUUUUCUUGCUCUA